AGUUUGAUGGGGCGCCGGGCGGAUGACAGCGGGAACGGUUGUGAUCACUGGCGGAAUCCUAGCGACAGUGAUCCUCCUCUGUAUCAUUGCUGUCCUGUGCUACUGUAGGCUCCAGUAUUACUGCUGCAAGAAGAGCACAGAUGACGACGAGGAUGCUGAGGAGGAGGAGGAAGAGGAGGGACACGACCUUCCCAUCCAUCCCCGCGCCUCCACCUGCAAUGCCUGCAGCUCCCAAGUCCUGGAUGGCAGAGGCAGCCUGGCACCUCUCACCAGCGAGCCUUGCAGCCAGCCCUGUGGGGUGGUGGCCAGCCACUGCACCACCUGCUCCCCGUACCGCACCCCCUUCUACAUACGGACAGCUGACAUGGUGCCCAACGGGGGCGGAGGCGAGAGGCUCCCCUUUGCCCCUCCACAUUACAAAGAGGGGGGAACCCCAUCCCUCAAGUUGGCAGCACCUCAGAGUUACCCGGUGACCUGGCCAAGUUCUGGGCAUGAGGCCUUCACUAAUCCAAGGGCUAUUAGUACAGAUGUAUAAUCCUUUCACCCCGGUCUGCACACACCCAACACAGUCCCAGCAGGAGCAAUGGAGUGGUGGAGGGGACCUUCCAGUCGCCCCACAGGAACCAUCUCAGUUUCUCUGGCUUCCACAGCAGAGGGUUCACUAGGAUGUGAGCUAUUAAAUGCAUUGAGGACCAGGGCGGGACCUGCGGCCCGGAAGCGGCGACUUGAUAAGUCUGCAAUGUCACCAGUUUCUCUCUGGAGAUUUCCCUCUAACAGCCAAGCUCUACCACAACCCCACCCAGUAAGCCUAGACCCUUGGCUUCGCUGGGCUGUGCAAAGGAGCACCAGGGAAGGGUAUGCAAAGGUUCUGGAGGCUUCCAGAGACCUUGAUGAAGAGGGCAUGCCUAGGAGAAAUGGACGCAAAGGGAAAGGUGAGGACUAGACAUUCCAGGAUCUGAGAGGAGAGAGAGAAAAAACUGUUAAAGGACCCCACCCCACCCCACCCCCGGCUUUGCUUGCUGGAAUCUGCCAAUGAGCUGAUUUCCACUCUUUUUACUUUGUUUGCCUGCUCUGAUAGGUCUAUGCGUUUUGGAAACAACCCAUCUGCUAUCUCGCCCCUCCUCACGAAACACAUCAAAUUGACGCUAAGUGCCACAGCACACGGCUGUUUAUGGGGACCAUAGCCAGAAGAGUCUAUACAACCUUGUUUCCCCUUCAAGUCCUUUCUUAUGCCCCCUGUUAGAGAGGCUUCCCUACGUUUUAAUCACUGCAGUUUUAGAAGCCGAGUGAACAGCUCUUAGUGUUUAUCCCUGUUCCUCCAUACUUAGCCACAGUUGCAGAGUCAACCCUGUGAGGGGGUAUGCAUGCCCAUUCCCAGGGGGAGGGGUACCCUACUCAUCACCAGCAGCAGCCAUGUGGCUUUGCCUCCUUCAGGAGCUGCAGAGCAGAAGGGUCCAGGGUCCCAACAAGAAAGGAAAAUCUGGUUCUCCAGCAGCGGGACCAAAAGGCAAUUCAAGUGGCCAGUUUCCACGGCAACCAGGAGGGAUCAGAGGCAAUGCUGCAGCAGUUAAGUUCCCAUGCACCUGCACAAGCUCCUCUAGAGGCCCAGUGCAUCUCUUGAGCAUCCAUCUAGGAUGUAACAUUAUGAACAGGACCAUUUUAUCACAUCAGGGGAUGUGGCCUUUUUUCCCCCCGAGUUCUGGGGAGGGGGUGUCUCCUGAAGGUUGGCCCUGUCUCAGUAAUUAGACUUCAAGCUUGCUUGCCCUCCCUCCUUCGGCCCCCUAACUCUCCAGUCUCUUGGUGACGAGCUAUUUUUCUGUCGUAUUCUAGUCCCAAGUCCCCACACCUCCCGCUUAUCACCUAGCAGUGGCCUUCUGGGUUUGUGUCGCUGUUUGUUUGUUUUGUUUUGCUUAGGUGUUUUUGCUUUUUUGUUUUGUUUUAGUAAGUGUGCCUGAUAAGUUCUCCAGUUACCUCUGUG